CGGCGGUGGGGUCCUGGUUGGCGCCUGCGCAGUGCGUUCUGUCGCUGAGGACCGGGGUGACCCUGAGGCGGACCUAGUGACAGGCUUUCCAGCGGACCGUGGCGGUGCUGAGACGACCGGGCCGCGAUGCUGAACAAACUCCUGGGGCCGCGCUACAAGGAGCUAAUCAAGUACUGGCUUCCCACAGCAGGUACAUGGGGUGCUGUUGGUGCUGUGGGGCUAGUUUGGGCCACUGACUGGCGUCUGAUUUUGGAUUGGGUGCCAUACAUUAAUGGCAAAUUUAAGAAGGACAAUUAAGCUAUCUUUUCAAUCUUAAUGGUCUAGGAAUGGAGGACUUUUGGGGGACUGCUCUUCUUGGGGAUCCUGAUUGGACACAAAUGUGAAAUGCUCAGGGUAGACUCCAAGGACCUCGAUGUCUCUCACCAACACCUUUGAUGUAUCACUCUUAUAGGGAUAAUUAAACCUCCCUCUAAAACAUGCUGACUUCUUAGGUGUUGAGCACAGGAAUAACUAUCACAACAGAUUGCAUUAUGCCAGAUUUCACAAUGACAAUAUGGAAUUAAAAACAAAAAACAAAUGGCAAGGCCAAGUUUGAAACCUU